AUGCCUAUCUUUCAGGACGACCUCGACCACCCCGUGGCCGCCGCUGACGCCGCGGGUGCUGAACCACAACACCUGAUUUCCACACAACAGCAGCAGCAGCAUCAGCACCAGCAAAAUAUGACGCCGUCCCUGACAAGAAAGCUCUCUGAGGAGAGCAUACGAACAGAACUCUGCGAAGGACCAAUACUUGAAAACUCCCGACCUUCCACUCCCGAGACCGACGCUGCUGCAGCCACAUCUGACCGAGCCGAGCUGAUUGAGCGGUUGAAGCGAGGAGAGAGCCCAACCUGGAUUCCCAACCGCCGUCUUGAGUCACUUCUCAACAAUCUUAACCGUCCGACUACGCCACGGAGUUCACGUCCGCCUUCGAACUCCUCCAACCUCUUGCCACCAGCGAAUAUUACCCCCGAGAAGGUUGAUGGAGUUAAAGAGGAGGAUGAGAGAUUGCGGGAAGGACUAAGCAUACAACGGCCGAGAUCUGCCCUACACAGCGGCGAUUUCACUGAAGACCAGCCGCAGGCAGUCCAGCAGCCGGUACAAGAGUCGCGAAACGAUCAAGGGGCGAAUGAAUUCUUGACAUCUCGCACUUCCUGGAUUGCGACGUCACCACCCCGAGACUUUUCGUCGUUUCACUUCGAUAGGCGAAUACCGUUUUCGGCCUCGAAUGAUGAAUUUAGAUCGGUGCCGUCAUCUUUGUCUUCGUCCUUUUCAUCCAGUUUUAUCUACAAGCCUCCGACAAGUCCCCUUGUCCAAUCUGAGAGUAACGAUGACGUUGACCUGUCAUUGCCGCUGAACAGCAUCGAUAUCGCGGCCAGCCCCCUUAACUUGAACUCACGCCGCCACACCUUAAACUCCACCAUCUCAUCGCCGUUUGCUUAUCCGUCGCCGAGCCCAUCUGCUCUCCAUAGACGAGCCUCACAACGGGGUAGCACUGUUGCGCCUUAUCAAGCCCACCAGCCACGCCGCUCCCUUACAUCGGCACCCCACGUGCCGCUCCCUGGAACCUCACCACAGACGCCUGGGUUUCUUAGACCCAGGCGGCCAUCGUUCAAUAAUUCUGAUACUUCUCCUUUGCAGCAUGCGUCCAUGGUUGGUUCGUAUGAAGAGAGCAUCAUCCGGGGGCGCAUGUCGACUACACCAUCAAAACCACUUGACUUCGUAGCCCAAAUUGGAGUGUUGGGUUUGGGCAAAUGCAAGCCCAGCCUCCGAUGUCCGGCACACGUGACAUUGCCUUUUCCAGCAGUAUUCUACAGCUACGGAGGCGCUUCACAAGGGCGCGUACGUUCAGAGGAUGGGCCCAGUCCAUAUGUGGGCCAAAUCGAUCUGGAAAAUGGUCUCACGAAUUCCGAGGAAGGGCAACGGGCUAAGAGAAAGAUGCAAAGCAGGUAUGCCGAGCGCAAGGUCGCCGAAGACGACGUGAUUAUGGGUGAUGGCCCUGCGCUGGUCGACUGUUCGGAUGAUGUUGAAGCACGCAAAGCCCAGCGUUCAAAACGGAAAUCCGUGUCGCCAAGAGCUCCACCUGGUGGGAGUUAUCGGAUACCCGAGAAGGGACAGAUCCAAAUUGUGAUCAAAAACCCGAACAAGACGGCUGUCAAGCUGUUUUUGGUACCAUACGACUUAGCGGGGAUGGAACCUGGAACGAAGACGUUCAUCCGACAGCGCAGUUACUCCGCCGGCCCCAUCAUCGAAAACGCGCCUGGGCUCGAAGACGCUGUUGGACUGGAUAAGCCUAUUCUGCGCUAUCUCGUGCAUUUGCAUAUAUGUUGCCCGGCCAAGGGUCGAUACUAUCUUUACAAGAGCAUCCGAAUUGUGUUCGCCAACAGAGUCCCUGACGGCAAAGAAAAGCUACGGAAUGAGACGACUUGCCCAGAACCCCGGUAUACGCCUUAUAAGCCUAUCCGGGUGAUGCAUCCGCCUCUAUCCAAUAGUGGACCUGCGGCAACACUGGCAGCUGAAAAGGCUUUUAGGCGGCGCAGUUCCGGCUUCCCCUUCGUCUCUUCGUUGUAUGCCCUCGAUACGACGGACGUGCUCUCGCAAUCUCCGCAGAAAGCACCGGGAGAGUCAUCUUCGUCACCUUUCAACUUUGCUGAUAGUAACCGACCAGUAGAGCCAAUUCCAUUCCCACUUUCGGGUCGAGGACGUCUUGGAAGCGACUUUAGUGAUAGUACCGCCACCACCACUACCACGACCGCAGACAUUCGGUCACCACAGGCCUCACAGGCUACUCGGCCGACAACGAAAGAUGCCUGUAAUGCGCAUGUUGCCCGAUACGAAAAGCUAAACAAAGGUGAUGUUGGUUACGGUGGCAACGCAUUUGCCUUGCCUGGGCGCGGAAGCCUGGGCGGCACGGAAGGCUUGCUUUCCCAGAGGCUUCGGUCCCUCGGAGUACAGAACCAGGGCGAGGUGUCUACGGAAAGACGAGACAGCCAGGAGUAA